UCAUAAUUGCAAACUGACGGCGAUGGCCGAAAAUUCACAGUUGUACUUGUAUCCUGUCAAAAACUUUGCCGGCGCCGCUCAUAAUUGCAAACUGACGGCGCUGGCUGAAAAUUCUUUUUCUAGUGAGUGCUCAAACCCUCUACAAGGGACGGAGCUCUUUUUACUGUUCAGUAAUCAAUACAAGCCCAUGGAAUACUUUGGAUCCCCUUCUUUCUCGGCUAAUUGAAAAUAAUUUGUAGGUUGAAUACAAAUGGGUUCAGAGAUUGAAAUAACUGAGCAGAGAGUUAAAUCGUAUAUUGUUCAGCUCCAAACAGAAUGUGGGAUUCUUGGAAGAAUUAUAUACAAAAACAAGAACCAGCAUCGAAGAUGUUCUUACUUUCAAUAUCUUCUAAAGGUUAGCAUGGAUUUGAGACUUUUGAAAUCAGCAAAUAUGGAGGAGAUUUUGAGUGCCUGUUUUCUCAUAAUAAUUGGGAAUAGACCUAAGCAAAAGGUGCAGCUUUUGGAAAGUUUGAAGAGGACAAGGUGCGAUAGUGGCAAGUAUAAUGUUCUGGAUCGGCUUUUAGGAGUUGCACGCCUAUUGUCGCAGAUGGUGGAGCCCGUGGUGGAGGCUGCUAUGGAGAUAUCCAAGCUGCUUGCUCGAUCAUUUUUCAUGGGAUUUUCCGUAACGAUCUUUGCUGUGCUUGCACGCCUUCGAGCAUUGGUUCAACAAGUUCUUCUGGAUGCUGUUUAUGUAUUCAAUACUGUCUCUUCUAUUUCUCAAAAGGAACAAACUAUAAAACUAAAUCAAAAAGGAUUCGAGGUUUUCAGAGAAUAUUAUCCAACCAAAAAGCAAGCUACUACGUUUCUAGAAUGUGUUUGGCAGACAGACAAGUAUGUCUUAGUUGAGAGGAUGAAUACAAGUGAAAGUAAAAGCCAGGAAAAGGAUGUCGGAGAAGAUGUCUUUUUAAGGUCCUCCAAAAUAAUAUAUAAAAACAUUGAGGUUUUACUUGGAGUUAGAAUGGAUGCUGCGCAUAUUUUGGAAGAAGGCCCGACUAAUGCUCAAGAAAUGAAUACUAGUUCUGUAAAAGGUGACGAAAAGCAGGGCAAAGUUGCCUCCGGUACUCUAGCCCCGUCAAGUGUGAAUACGGUUCCUUCGGAAGAACCCUCUACAUCUGUUGAAAUAGACAGUAAUAUUUUAUCACUGGUGAAAGUUGGCAAGAUUAACCAUGAAAUGCAGGUUGAAAGUGAUUCCCAUGACAAAUUUUAUUGUUCAGAAGCUGCAUUAUCCACAUGUUCGACUGCAUCUCCGAGUUCAUGUCCUGUAAAAUUUAAAAGUUCAUCGAAGAAGGUGGCGUUUGUAUCCAUCAAACAGCCAGUACCAUCAACGUCUGACCAAUCGGGUUCCCAUAUAAAAAGAAUAAAGAAGAAUGACACAGAUGAGGAAGAUUCAUUUUUCAAUCUACUUGCUGCUGGAAAUCAGAAUAAAAGUCUCUUCUAGUAUUCACCCAAGAAUUUUGUUUUUCUUUUUAUCAUUUGCUUUGUAAAGAUGUACUCUUUAAUUCCAACAUUAGCAUGCGGAAAUAUUGAAAUGAUAUUUAAAUAUGUAUACUUGAGUAAUUUCUAAUUA